CCAACAGAAUAAAAGGAGGGUGUCUGCUAGCACAGGUCUAUAUUGGCAUAUGCAGCGAAGUGUGAUGUUUUAUCUACAGCAACAGGACACCUACGAAUACUGGAUGAAAGACUGCGGCAGAUCUCUACAAAGAGAGAAGCAGAUUUAAUAAUCUGGACCGAGUGAGACACGACUGACACUGGACCCAGAAUGGAUAGGUCAGGGGAGGAAGAGGAGUUCUUUGACACCAACUAUACGCUCCCUGAGCGUUACAGUGAGGAGAAGGAUCCCUCAACAACACAGUCUAACUAUGUUUCUCCACCAGAAGAAGUAACACCUCUCUGUUCAGACACAAGGACUGUUUCAGAUCACUGCAGUGACACACUCAGAGGCAGUGGGAUCAUGGAGGACUCCAGCACUGUAGAUGUUAAGGGCAGGAAUGGAACAAGAAGCACGGCAAUUGGAACAUCUGCCAAUACACAGACACAACUGCAGACCUUGUUGGAGGAUCUGGGCUUGAAGCAGCGCUACACAGAGAAGCUAACACUGAGCGAAAUACUGCAGAUUGACCUGAAGGCCAUCACUGAUGAACCUGCCAAGUGCCACUCAGAUCUUCCAUGGUAUUUCUUAAAGAAACUAAUGAUGGUAAAUGUGACAGCGAGAAAUUUACAAUCAGAAUGUGAAUCAUCCAAUGACGGAGCAACUGAAACGACUGAAUUUGACUUCAGUAAUCAGAGCGACAUGACAGACUCAGGUGACAAGGUAAACCCCCUUGACGUAAUCACUGCUCUCUUCCUGUGUUCUGAUGGGUUUGUGCAACAGGAAAUGGCCCUCAAAAUGUCCAUGUGUCAGUUUUCUGUGCCUCUCCUGCUUCCAGAUUGUGACACAGAGCAGUGCAAACUCAUGCUUUGGGCCAUGAGAGACAUUGUUAAAACGUACAGACCUCAGUCACUUUUACAAUCCAAGGGUUUUACUGAAGAAAGAAUUGUUCUCUCUGAAAUUCCACUGAUAUCUUUUGUGAGACUGGGAGAAUGUUCCAUGUCCAAGUCAGAGAUUCUCAAUAAGCUUUUGAGCAAUGACUUUUUUGUUCACCAUGAUAUGGAGUGUGGUGACACCCGUAGAAGAAUAUCCAAUGGCCUGACUGAAAUAACUUGGUACCUUCCUUGUGGGAAAAAAAACAUUGAUAUUUUCAGUGAGCCAUUAGCUGUAGCUAACCUUCGUGGGGACAUUGCUUCAUUUGAAACUCAGUUUUCUUUCUUGUGUCAGACAUCUGCAGCAGUGUUUGUGUUCUUUGACAAUUUGGACCCUGAGUGCAAGCUGCUAACCAACCUCCACCACAAGGCACAGAUGUUUUUGGUCGGUAACCAAGAAAGCAAAUGCUUUAGUAUGGAUGCUCUAAAAACAGUAGCAACAAAGCUGGGCUUAACAAAAAACAUCAUUACAAAGACCAAGCAGAACAAUUAUGCAGACUUUGUCCAAGGUUUGCGGAAAAAAGUCAACGAUGUUAUUGAGAACACAAAGGAGAAGAUGUGCAUUGAGAAGAUGGCUGACAUUGCCCAUGAAUUGGGAAUCUUGGUUGAUGAAGACUGUCCAGAGUGUCAGACUGCCAAGGAAAAUGCAGAUGCCAUAACAUCAAAAAUUCUAAACAUCCCUGACUACAAAGCCACUCAGCUUCCCUUGCAUGGCGAAAUAUGGAAGGAAUUGACAAUUUUAGAGAAGGAAGGAUUUCGACUGAAAAAUCUUGGAUCUGAAGACAUAGAAACAUACAAAGCAGGGCUUCAGAAAAAGAAAGAAAAACUUCGGAAGAAACAGAGCUCUGAAAACAUAUCAGAUGCCAUGACGUGCUUCAUCAGUGCAAUAUCAAGCCCAGGCAUAGAGAGACGUUAUUUCCUGAAAUGGAUGCGAAUGAACCUUGAUAACCUGUCUCGAGAAAAACUGUCUGGCCUCAGGAAGCAGUACAAAGAAAAAUGCAAAGAUGCUGAGAACAAAGAGGCCCUCAAAGUCAUUGAUAAAGAGCUUUCCAACAGCUCACUGGGAAUUGAACACUUCUUCCGUGAAAUGGGUCAGAUCUAUGAAGCUUCAGUUUCCCUUCCAGAACAAGAUCUGUCACAUAAACAACUACAGCAUCUGCCCAAAAUCUGUGCAGGAUUGUUGCUUGAUGGAUUUCCCCUGGAGCUUGUAGAUGGAGAUGCAUCCAACAUACCUCUCACAUGGGUGAGUGAUGUUCUCUCUCAGCUCAAUGAACUGGUGUCUCCAAAGAACAAGAUACUGGUCGUCACGGUUCUUGGAGUUCAGAGCACAGGAAAGUCCACUCUUCUUAACACCAUGUUUGGAGUGCAGUUUGCAGUCAGCAGUGGCCGAUGCACUCGAGGUGCUUUUAUGUUGCUCAUCAGAAUCAAUGAAGAUGUCAAAAAAGACCUUGACUGUGACUUCAUGGUCAUCAUUGACACUGAGGGCUUAAAGUCAGCAGAGCUUGCACAACUGGAUGAUAGCCAUGAGCACGACAAUGAGCUCGCAACACUUGUUGUGGGGCUGAGUGACAUCACCAUUAUCAAUAUUGCAAUGGAGAAUUCCACACAAAUGAAGGACAUCCUACAAAUAGUUGUGCAUGCGUUUCUCAGGAUGAAAGAGGUGGGCAAAAAGCCUAAAUGUCAGUUUGUUCACCAGAAUGUGUCAGAUGUUUCAGCCAAUGAGAACACCCAAAGAGAGAGGAAACUGCUCUUGGAUCAGUUAAACGAGAUGACACAGGCAGCAGCCAAAAUGGAGAAGAAAGAAAAAAACACCUGCUUCACUGAUGUCAUGGAGUACAACCCAGAAACUGGGAACUGGUACAUUCCUGGACUCUGGAAUGGAAACCCACCAAUGGCACCAGUCAAUGCAGGGUACAGUGAAGCUGUAUAUCAGUUCAAGAAAAACAUCACCCAAAUACUAGGAAACUGUGAGUCCUCUGCUAAUGACAUCUUGAAGUUUAAAGAGUGGAUGUCAAGCCUGUGGAGAGCAGUGAAGCAUGAAAACUUCAUCUUCAGCUUCAGAAACAGUCUAGUGGCUGAUGCAUACAUGAAGCUAUGCACAGAAUUCAACAAGUGGCAAUGGGACUUCAAAGAAUCCAUAUACAAGUGGAUAACAUAUGCUGAAACAACCAUCUCAAAUUUAGGAACACCUGCUUCCAAAUCUAAAAUAGUUGACAUGAGAGAACUCAUCUUGAGUUUGAAAAGUGAAGUCUCCACAAAGCUGAUGGAAUUGGAGAAAGAGCUUCUUGAAAAACUGAAAAACUAUUUCGAGCAAAAAGACGGCCAUGUCCAUCUCGUAGAAAGAUACAAAGAGGACUUUGCAAACAGUGCAAGGAGUCUUCGACGAGACAUGGAGAACUCUGUGUAUAGUCAACUCACAGCAGCGGCUGAAAUCAAACAGGGACAGACAGAAGUUCAAAAAAUCAAGGAAAAUCACACAAAAGAAAUUGAAAGAGCAGUGUGUGCACUGAUCGAUGAAUGUCGAAAGAAAAAUAUCCAGAUGAGAGAUGAAGAACUGAACCAAGAAUUUGAUAAGAUGUGGAAAGAAACAGUAAAGAAACUGUCUUUUUCCAAACAAGUGCCAACAAAUGUCUUCACCAGUGUCUCCCACUACUUAAGAAUAAAUCUCUCACCCAAAGGGGGUCAUGCAUGUGAAUUGCUGAGUAAAACAAAACUGCAAGAUUGUGGCAAAACGCCUUUCAUAUAUAAAGCCAAAGGAAUACUUGAAAAAGCUAAAAAGGGGGCGAGCAAUUGGCUACCCAUUCAAGAUCCCACAAUCAGGGUACAGAAGAUAGCUGACAACAUCAUAGAUGAAUGCAUUCAGUAUGUGAAGGAAAAAGGGAAAACAGAUGCACCUGAAGCAGAUGCAAAAAAAACUAAAAACUACUCUGAUGCUUACAUCCAGGAGAUCCUUCGCAUUAUUGAUGAGAGGCUGCAAAAGCAUGAGGAUGUAAUCGUAGAAAUUGAGUUUGAAGUUUCUCUAAAACAGCACAUCUGUGGCAUUGCAACCAGACACUUUCAGAAAAUGCACGAAGAUUUCCUAAAGGAGAAUGACCCUUACGUAUGUCUGAAGAAAAACAAAGAAAUGUUUUGUGAUACUUUCAAAGAUGUGUUCCAUCAACGGGACCAGAGCCAGAAGAAGGCAGAAGAAUUCACCAAACAAUGUUUGAAGCCUGCAGUUGAAAACUUUGUCUACAGUAAACUGGGUCCUGCUAUCAUUACUGAAAUGAGGAAACAAUCACAGUUCAACACAAGAGUCUACUCCCAGUAUGACAUUUUACUGGAUUUGCUCUCAAAGCAUAGCUUCAGGGAGUACGUACGGUACAUUCGCUCAUAUGAGGUAUAUGUAAAGGAGUGGAUACUCGACCAAACAGUGAAACACUUAUCAAAAGAUUCUAAGAUGUUUGAGCUAGUGGAUCCGCAUCUUGACUCAAGUAUCAGCAGCAUAAAGGCUGCAAUCCACAAGGCCACAAAGAAAACAAGUGCUGACUUGAAAACAUUCAUUAACAACUUCUGUCAGGAACUUGGUGAUACACUGGUCAUUUCCCAGGAUGCACUUGGUGAUUUCAUGAUGCUGAACAAAGCAAACCAGGAACAGUUUGCUCACUGGUUCACAGAGUUUGUGAAUAAAAUGGAAAAAGCUCUAAAGCAAAAGUUUAAAAAAAGAGACAUCAAGAUGAUACUGAAACGUGAUGAUUUCAAGCCCCAGAAUGAGCUUUUCACCCAAGUGAUUGGAUGUGGUAAACAGUGUCCCUUCUGUGCAGUGGCCUGUGUGUGUGGAGGUAGUAACCAUUCUGAGCAUGAGGCUUCACUGCAUAGGCCACAGGGUCUGAAUGGAUACAAGUGGGAAAAAACAGAAAAACUAGCCACUGACAUAUGCUCGUCAUCUGUGGUGAGUGACAACCUAUUUCACUGUGAUGCUACUAAAGGUGAAUGGAUCUCUUACAAAAAUUACAAAGACAUCUUCCGAGACUGGAACAUUCCUCCAGAUGGAAGCUAUCAGGCAUCAGACUACUGGAAAUAUGUAAUGGCAACGUUCAAUGAGGAGUUUGCAGUAGAACAUGGUGCAAAGCCUGCUGAUAUUCCUACAACCUGGAAAUAUAUCUCACUUCAACAGGCAGAACAGAGUCUCAAAGAGUCAUUUAACAUCAACUGAGAGACAACAAGCUGUCUGAUUAGAGAAGUGCACCUGAUUAUUCCACUUUGUUGGCACGUGUCGUUGUGACGCAACUUCCACUUGGGAUUUCCUCCUGGCUUGUGUUGAGUGUAGCAUGUUAGCCUGUUGUCGCUCGUAAUAAAACACCAACAAGCAGAGCUUAUGAGAAUGGUGUCUAUUGUUACCAAUGUGCUUCAGAGCUUUUUAUAUCAACGUAUCGAUGUUAAUGCUAAUGCUAAUGGCUAAGGUAGUUGCUUGCUUGGUUAGCAGUGCAUUGUUUUGAUGUAACACCAGUUGCUAGCCUGGUUCAAGGACCAGCUGAGAGUGUGUUUAAGUAGUAAAGGUGCGUCUGUUGAUAUUCACACCAUUCAGUUUUAGUGAAGUUAAUUCACUCUAAUAUGCUGUUUGAAGCACUACUGUGUAACUGUACUGACUUUAGUUUAGUAGUGAUGUGUAAAAUCGUAUUCCUUCGAUAUGAACAAUACAUCAAAAUGGCGAUUUAAAAACGAUUGUAAACGGAUGUGUUACAGUUAGAGUGAUAAUUCAUUGAUACUGCUAAAAUGUCAAUUUAAUUUUUUAUAAUAUAUCGCGAUUAAUUGUUUGUCAAAUGUUGUCAUGAUAAAUAGUUAAUAUCACUGUGACUGCAGUAUGUUGUUAUUCAUAUGGUUGUACUGUACAGAAUGAGAUGUUCCAAAAGACGUCAGUGAGGUCUCAUGUUGGAAACAGAGGGAGAAUAGAAUAACCUACUUAGAUCCAGGACAUCCCUCAUAAACGUGAUGAGAAACAAUGAGGAUGUAAGGACAUAGAGUUUGAAGUUUCUCUAGAAGUUAGUGACAUCUAGUGGUGAAGUUAAAUGUUGUAGCUGAACACCCUCACAUCACCGUCCCCUUCCAAACAGGAAAGAGAACCCGUGGAGGUAAAAACUCAAAAGGCCUUUAGUUUGUCCAGUGUGGACUACAGUAAAAAAACAAAACAUGGUGGCCUCUGUAGAGAGGACCUGCUCCUGAUAUAAAUAUAAAGUAUUUAAAUAUAAAGGGCCCAUUCUAUAGGGUAAAGAAAACAACAAUUCUUACAACUUUGAAUAAUUUGUAAUAAUAAUCCAAACAAUGGAUGUUUGUUUUGUUGAUGUGUUGCACUGAACAACACUUUUUGAAACUGACUCUAUGUGUUGCAAUUGCAGAAAUGUUAACAAUAAUAUUUUGGUGUGACUUCUGCUGCAUAUAAUACUUAUUUUUACAUCCAUAUAUGUGAAAAAGAAUGUUUUUCUCUGGGUGUGUAAAUAAUCAGAUUCAUGAUAACCUGUUAAAUAGUAUAGUAUAAUAAUAAUGAAGGAAAUGUAAUGGAUCUCUAAGAGUUUUUAACUGUCUGAAUAAAGAAACAAAAUCAGCA